AUGUCUUAUUUCAACUGGUGGAACUUUGCUCUUUGUUGUGGCCUAGUGUUUGGUGUUACGGUGAUCGUCUUCGUGCAAGACAACGUCGGCUGGGGUGCCGCAGAUCUCAUUCUCAUGUCGGCCAUGACCGUUACGAUCAUAAUCUUUUACUUUGGAAAGCCGUUUUGUCGGUACAGGAAGCCACAGGGUAGUCCUUUAACUCCCAUGUUGCAGGUUGUGGCUGCAGCCAUAGCCAAGAGAAAUCUAACUUAUCCUUCUAAUCCUGCUUUACUAUAUGAAGUUCCCAAAUCACAGAAGACCCAGGCUAGACUCUUAGGUCAUACAAAUAAGCUCAGAUUCUUCGACAAAGCUGCAAUAAUCGAAGGUAAUGAGACCCUAUCAGGAGACAAGAAACCAAACCCAUGGAGACUAGCAACAGCAACUCAAGUAGAGGAAUUGAAACUUUUACUGAACUUAAUCCCCAUAUGGUUUACUUCCCUGGCAUUUGGAACAACCGUGGCACAAACAGGCACAUUCUUCAUCAAACAGAGUAGCACAAUGAAUCGAAAAAUCGGUCACCAUUUUGAGAUCCCACCAGCUACAGUCUACUCUCUCACAGCAAUCGGAAUGAUUGUCUCAGUCACCAUCUACGACAGAAUUGUAGUCCCGACGCUCAGGCGAGUAAAGAGCAAUGAACGAGGCAUUACCAUCCUCCAAAGAAUUGGUUUUGGCAUGAUAUUUUCAACCCUGUCCAUGUCUACUGCAGCAUUGGUAGAAAAGAAGAGGCUGAGCAUUGCACGUAGAGAGAACAUACAAGGAGGACAAACCGGGCCGGUUUCAAUGAGUGUGUUUUGGCUAAGACCACAGUUCAUGUUGCUUGGUGUGGGAGAUGCAUUUACACUUGUGGGAUUGCAGGAAUAUUUUUACGAUCAAGUUCCCGAUUCGAUGAGAAGCCUAGGGAUAGCAUUGUAUCUCAGUGUGAUUGGAGUUGGGAAUUUCUUGAGCAGUUUUCUGAUAACUGCUGUGAAUCUUAUCACUGAAAAGGCAGGAGGGGCUAGUUGGUUUGGGAAGGACUUGAACACGAGCCGUGUCGAUAAUUUCUACUGGUUGUUGGCAGCCAUAAAUGGGUUGAACAUAUGUGUUUUUGUUUUCAUUGCAAGGAGGUAUUCCUACAAGAAUGUGCAGAAGAAUGUCACAGUGGCUGAUUGCACUGUGGCCAACGGGGCCAGGGCCGAGCCCAUAGUUUGA